AUGGCGCUUUACCCAUCCUUAGAAGACAUGAAAUUGGAUAAUAUGGCUCGGGCUCAGAUGACCCAGCACCAGACGACAUCGUCUGCGCCAUCCUACGCCCUGCCUCAUACUGCUCCUGGGGCUAGUGCCCCGCUAGCUCAGGUUUACCCUGCUCUUGGCGACUACAUGGGACUCGAAUUAUCCUCUGAUGUUAUUGCUCUAAACAUGCCGGAGUAUCAAAUUCAAACGAUUCAGCCAGGGACUGUAAGUAACUUAAUAGCACCGAUUUCAUCUCAGUCAACAACUUUGGCUAAAGCAACAGUAACUCAAGCUAUUAGACCAAUAGUACUAUGCAAGGACAGAGAUGGCAAAUGUGGCCUGAGGUUGCAUUCUGUUAACAGUGGGAUCUUUGUAUGCUAUGUAGGUGCCAAUUCUCCGGCAGCGCUUGCAGGGUUGAGAUUUGGUGAUCAAAUUUUGGAAAUCAACAAUGUGUCCUUAGCUGGUAUGACAAUGGAUCAGUGUCACACUCUACUUAAGAAAGCUCCAGCUAAUGGGAUCUCAAUGGCUGUCCGUGAUAGGCCUUUUGAAAGAACAAUAACUCUGCACAAGGAUUCACUUGGUCAUGUGGGCUUUCAUUUUAAAGAUGGCAAAAUUGUUGGUUUGGUGAAAGAUUCAUCUGCAGCUCGUAAUGGUCUUCUGACAGAUCACCAGUUAUUGGAAAUUAAUACUAUUAAUGUUGUUGGUAUGAAAGACAAAGAGAUAUCCAAAGUUAUUGAUGCCAGCCCAUCGGUUGUCAAUAUCACUAUAAUUCCAUCGUACAUAUAUCAGCACAUGAUAAGCAAGAUGUCAUCAUCUUUGUUCAAAGAGCUCGACCGCACUCCUGCCGUUUAA